CGCUAUCGGUACGGCUUAGAAGACGCACAACGACACUCGAUACACGGGGACCACCAGCCUGAGUCGGCGCCCGCGAGAACUGCAGCUCGACGUGCUUGGCUAUCCACGGAUCCGCAGAAGGUCGCGCAUCCGAUACAGCGCAGGCGUCCAGAGCAGACUGCGAUACGCUGGUCCCAAUGUUAUCUCGCACAUUGCGGCGGCAGUACCUUACCGGGCUAUGCUUCCGGCGUGGGCAGGGAAGCGAGGGAAGCGACGAGGGUUUGAUAUAGGAAGAACACCUUGAGGUGAUGGUAUUAUAAGGCAAUCGGUCUGUCCGUGGACUUCGACGCCUGUUCCCGCCCCAUAGUCCGCAUUUUGGAGACGUCUUCGCGACCGAAAAUCCUCCAUCAUGGACGUCGACGAUGCGUACAAGUCCGGAAAUGGCGAUGUAACGAGCCAAGCCAUGCUCAGUGACCCCGAGGUUCAGCAGACACCGGCCACAGAAUCGGAUCGCCGCCUUCAAGAACUCGGAUACAAGGCAGAGUUUAGGCGGGAGAUGUCCCUCUUCGGAGUGCUCGGAAUAUCAUUCUGCGCGAUUGGUAUCCUCACGGGGAUGAGCAGCGCCUUCCAGACGGGUUUGUUCUCUGGCGGCCCACUCGGUCUCUUCUGGGGAUGGAAUAUAUGCAGUCUCUUCAUGUUGCUCAUCGCUUUAUGUCUCGCCGAGAUCUGUAGUGCAUAGUAGUCCGACUAUGGGUGGCCUUUACUUCUGGGUUUGCAAGAUGAAGCCAGACGCACCUAUUCUUGGCUUUUGCACGGGAUGGAUCUACUCGAUAGCUAUGGUCUUCACGGGAACAUCAGGGAACUUGAGCGUUGCCCUGUACCUUGCAUCCCUGGCUGAGGUUGGCCAAGGCCGUACGCUCACCCGGGUCGAAAUCGCAGCCAUUGCCUGGGGUGUCAACAUUCUCUCCGGGAUCAUCAACACCAUCGGUACCAAGGCCAUCGGUGGUAUGAGUAGCUUCAACGUAUGGUGGACGCUUGGGGGUACGUUCGUUCUCGUCAUCACCCUCUUGGUCAAAGCGCCCACGAAGAAUACCGCAGAAUUCGUCUUCACGGACUUCGAGAAUUUCACAGGAUGGGGCUCCAGAGGAUUCGUCGUUCUACUUGGCUUCCUCCAGGCUGUCUAUACGCUGGAGGGGUGUGAGACUGCUGCCCAAGUAGCCGAAGAGGCAAAACGUGCGGAGAUCCUCGCGCCUCUCGCUGUAGUCGGAAGCAUCGUUGGCUCGUGGUUCAUCGGGCUCGUCUACAUGCUCGCUUUGCUUUUCGCUGUGCAGUCUAUCGCGAGCGUCCAGGCGACGUCCUAUGCCAUCCCCAUCGCCCAGCUCUACUACGACGCCGUCGGGAAGCGGCUAACUCUUAUGUGUCUAACAGUGAUCGCGCUCGCGCAAUUCAUGGCGGCUGUCACGGCGUUCACCGCGAGCUCACGGUUGUUCUAUGCCCUCGCGCGCGACAACGCUUUCCCGGGCAAGAGCCAGUUCAUGGCACUGAAUCGGUACCAAGCGCCUUACUGGGGCGUAUGGCUAUCCGUCCUGAUCGGCUGCAUCGUCUCGUGUGCAUACAUUGGCUCGACUAUCGCGUUUAACGCGAUCCUGUCGUCCGCGGCUAUUUCGGUCAUGCUCGGUUAUCUACAACCAAUACUCAUAAGGGUUUUCUGGCCUAGCUCCCUCACUGAAAAGGGUCCAUUCACCCUCGGCCGGUGGUCGUGGUCCAUCAAUUUCGCUUCUUUCCUUUUCACGGUGUUCAUCUGUAUCCUGUUUAUUCUUCCUACCGCGCAUCCUGUGACGUCUACGAAUAUGAACUAUGCGAUCGUCGCAGUCGGCGCGAUCGUCGUCAUCGUCCUCGCGAACUGGGUGACGUGGGGUCGGCAUCACUUCGUCGGGCCUGUCGCGACCGUUGUCGGGCAGGAGGGGCAUCGCCUGAGCUCGGAGAAGUCAUGAUUCUCGCUUUGCAUGCGGAGAGCACACGAGUUGUGUAUCGUAGAUCAUCGCCGUUUCAAACUAGCUGCGGACGUCCGUUUUC